UGACUUCACUCUUAGGUGAAAUAGGUCAAACAUGGCUGAAGAGGGGGAAAAGAUGUCAGAGACAGAGUCAGUACCUGUCCUUCCUCCUGAGGUCAGACAGUCUUUGGUUGGCACAGCAGUAAAAUUCUUACAAAACCCCAAAGUCCUAGACACACCUUUAUCUAGAAAGAAGGCAUUCCUGGAAAAGAAAGGUCUCACCAGUGAGGAAAUAGAGCUUGCCAUAAAGACUUCAGGCACCCCUUUACAAGAUAUACCCCAGCAUUCACAGCAGGUUCAAGUAAUAGCUCCAUUACCAACAUGGUGGACCAGAGUUAAAGAUAUUGCCAUUGUGACAUUAAUAGCAGGAGGAGGUGCAUAUUGGGUGUAUAGAUUAUUCAAGGAAGCUAUAUUACCAUGGAUACGGGGUGAUGAACCCAAGGCCAAAAAAUAUGAACGCCUGGAGACGAGUAUGGCAGCCAUUCAGGAGUUGUUAAGUCAACAGCAAGAGAAAAUCCAGGAUAUUUCUCAUGCUGCCACAAAUAGACAGACAGGAGAUGCCUUGGUGAGGCAACAAGAUACCCAAUCUCUGAAUGAAAUCAAACAGGAAAUUAUUUCCCUCAAAGGUCUUUUGCUCAAUAAGAAACAGUUCCCUGCAGCCCCAGUUCAGACGCCAAUCACUCUGCCGUCAUGGCAACUGGCAUCAUCAUCAUCACCAACCUUGACAACCACAGCUGCCGAGAUGGUAACAACUUUUGUCAAUAGUGAAAAUGGAACUGCUGCAACAAAGACAGUUUCUGCAGAAGCCGAAGGGGCAACUGGGGAUGCAGCAGCAACCAGUGUUUCUCCUGUUGAAUGUGAAGAUGGACAAGAGGUCAAAGGUCAAAGUGAAAGUAUGGCUCCCAUAGAAACCAGUGCAGAUGAAGAAGAAAUGAAUGGAAAAAAUGAAGAAGUGGAUUAGUUUGGAACUUUUUACAAAUUUUUUAGUGAGAACAAUCUAGGUCAUAAGCAUGUCUUAUAAUUUUUUUAAUUAAUUUUUUUCCGGUUGUUAUUAUGAACCUUCUAUGAUGAGAAAGUGGUUGUAAAAGAAUAAUAACAAUGUUAAAAAAUGUGGCUUAAUAUAGCUGUAUGUUUGGAAAGAGUUCUUUUUGGUCAACAAACAAAUCAUUUAUGCCAUAAAAAUUAUAAAUAAUCUGCUGUAAGGCUGUAGUAGAAAGAGAUGUGCCUGGGGAAAGCCAAGAGAAAUGUUUAAAUUUCAGUGCAAUAUUUGAAUUAUGUUAGCUUAAGCAUGAUUAACACGUCAGUAAUUAUAAACUAAUUUUUGUAAUUAUGUACUUUGAUAUAUAAUUUUUACUAGAUCAUUAAAUGUGACAACUGAAAUAUUGACAGUCAUUGAUUUAUAAAAUCAAAAUACACAAGCUAGCUGUAGGGUUUGUAACCUAAUUUAAAUGGUCUUUACAGUUGUGAAAAUCUAGUUUUGUAUGAAUUAAAUGAUCAAUUAUUAUAUUUGAAAUAAGUAAUUGUUUCACACUUAUAAAGAUGGCAAGUGCUAGAAGCGUACAUACGAUUAUUGAAAUAAGAUUAUACUAAUCUUACUAUGGCUAGACAGGGUAAAGGGAAAUAUCGAGAAUAUGAUUGUCAGUUGAAAACGAUAAUCACCCAACCACUUUUGUCAAAUUUAUCUAUUUAGAUUUUCUGUUUGAAACUACAUUAAUUGUAGACAAAUGCAAUGCAGAGAUUUUCCUUAUAACUUAAGAUAAAUGCAUUUGUAGUGAUGUUUUUAAUAAGCAUUAAAACAAGUUGUAGGAUUGUGUUUCAAGUAAUGGGUUGGAUGCAUUUUAGUUUAUUUUAUAAUGUAGUAGGUUUUAUAUGCUGUAUAAAAAUAUAACAUUUCACUGCUGCUAUAAAUGGAUUUGUAUUGAUGUACAUUUUGUAAAAGAAAUUGUUAAGUUUGGACGCAAAUUUUAAUUAAAAAAAUAUGAAUAAAUUUAAAUGCCAUAUUUUGGAGUUUAUGUGUAUUAGUAGUAUCUCUCACAAAGAGAUGAAUAAAAUUUAAUAUCAAAUUACAAUAAAAACAACAUUUAAAAAAAAAAAGAAAUUUAUUUACAACAAAUAAUGAAACAAAGACAUCUUCAUCAUUAUCAGGGCAAUGAGAUUAACAAAAUAAAUUCCAAUGGAUGACUUAUGUACAGCUGUACAUUGAAAAUGAAUGAUAUAUUGUUCAUGAACUCAUUUGUGUAAGCAUGUCAAUUGAAUAUAUUCAAUCACUGCUUAAUUUAGCAAUGGACCUGUUAUCCCUAUCAGUGUCUUAUUGACUCUUAAUGGUUCAUGUGAUUAGACAGACUUCAUCCUGUCACCACAGUUAAGACAUCAACCUCAUACUUCUGAAUCCUAUGUGAUGUCAUUAAGUCAAUUUCCUGUUGAGUUUAGCAUGGUCCUUAAAAGAAUGCGGUCAUCUUGCUGGACCAGGUGCUAAAGGGCGGUUUACAUGGUGGGGCUUUUUGAACAAGCUCUUGCAUUUUCGUAGUUAAUCUGUUUUUUUUUCUUGUCAAAAACUAUUAAUAUACAAAAAUAAAAGUAACCAUCAAUUUUUAGU